AUGGGUUGGGUUGACAAGAUCAUAGUCUCUUGCGAGACCAAUCCGUCCCACACAUUUCAAACCCUAGCAGUCUCUCUCCGACUUUCCUCCGCCAUGGCUUCACGGAGAUUGCUCGCCUCUCUCCUCCGAUCUUCUCUUCACCGAUCUCCAUCUAGAUCGCCGUUUACUCACUCCGGUAGAGCCGCACGCACCCGCUCACAGUCUCACCCUUCACCUACUGGCUAUUUCCUCAACCGUGCAGUCAACUAUGCUACAUCUGCCGGCGCUGCUCAAWCUAAGGAACCUGCUCCUCCUCCUGUUAGAGGAUCUUACGAUGGAAAGAUCACUGACGAGUUCACUGGAGCCGGUUCCAUCGGAGAGGUGUGUCAGGUGAUUGGUGCUGUCGUUGAUGUGAGGUUUAGUGAGGGAUUACCGCCGAUCCUUACGGCCUUGGAGGUUUUGGAUAAUUCGAUCAGGUUGGUUUUGGAAGUGGCGCAACAUUUGGGGGAGAAUGUAGUCAGGACUAUUGCUAUGGAUGGUACUGAAGGGCUUGUUAGAGGUCAAAAAGUUCUCAAUACUGGUUCUCCUAUCACCGUUCCUGUUGGCAGAGCCACUCUUGGGCGUAUCAUUAAUGUUAUUGGAGAGCCUAUUGAUGAGAGAGGCGAUAUCAAAACCGACCACUAUUUGCCCAUCCACAGAGAAGCCCCAGCUUUUGUUGAGCAGGCAACGGAGCAACAGAUCCUUGUCACUGGAAUCAAGGUUGUCGAUCUUCUUGCACCGUAUCAAAGAGGAGGAAAGAUUGGUUUGUUUGGUGGUGCUGGUGUCGGUAAAACUGUGCUCAUUAUGGGAGUGUUGGAUGGGAAAUACGAUGAUUUAUCAGAACAAUCAUUCUACAUGGUUGGUGGAAUUGACGAGGUCAUUGCCAAGGCCGAGAAGAUUGCCAAGGAUUCUGCUGCUUAG